GCGGGCAGCGCCGUCCCCAGCCCCACGGCAGCCCCGGCACCUGCGGGGCUUGGAUCUCCCCCGCCCCCCCAGCUCGGGACGCGGCCCCCCUGGCCGCUUGGGGGGGGGCGGGGGGGGUGGAUUUUGGCGGCCGGUGCCCGCUCUCAGCUGCCGGGAGUCCCCGGUUCCCGGUGCCGGGAAUCCCCGGCGCCCUCCCGGCGCGGCGGGGGCGGAGUGGAGGCGGCGGCAGGAGCGGGGAGGGGGGGGGGGGAGGCAGCUUCCGUGCGUAUUUUGGGGAAGGCGGUGGAGGAGGGAGAGGAGGAGGGAGCGAGGGAGGAGGAGGAGGAGGGGGCUGUUGAGAGACGUAGAAUUGUCACUCGGUCCAUCCCCUCCGCUCGCCGACUUUGUGCGCCUUCUGUGUGCCGGGGAGCCGCUCAGCCGGCCGGGCUGCAGCCGCCCCCCCCCCGUCCCCUUCCUCCCCCCCUUCCUCCCUUCCUCCCUCUCUCCCUCCCUUCCUCCCACCCUGCCCCGUUCCCGUGGCUCCGGCGGCGGCUUCGCCCCGGCGCAGCGCGCUCGGAUCCAGCCGGGGCGCGGGGGCUCCGGCGGCGGCGGCGGCGGCUCCCGGGACCGGCAGCGUGGGGAGGCUGCUCGGAGCCGCUUACCUCCCGGCUCGCACAGCCGGCUCGGCAUGCCGAGGGGCCGGGCUCUGCCAUGGCAGCUCCCGCUGCUACUCGCAGCCUUCUCCAGCCUGCAGCCGCCCGGCAGCGCCCAGCUCCGUUACUCCGUGCCCGAGGACCGAGAGCCGGGCUCGCCGGUGGGCGACGUGGCCAAGGACCUGGGGGUGGAGGUGCGGAGCCUGGCAGCUCGCAACCUGCGCCUGGUGAGCGAGGGUGAGCGGCGGCAUUUCCAGGUGGACCUGGUGGCUGGCGUGCUGCUCCUCGACAGCCGGCUGGACCGCGAGGCGUUGUGCGGGCAGAGCCCCGAGUGCUCGCUGCACCUCCAGCUCGUCCUGGAGAAUCCCCUCCAGCUCCACCGCGUCGAGGUGGACGUCCUCGAUGUCAACGACAACGCGCCGCAGUUCCCCAAGCCAGUGGUGGCCUUGGAGAUCACUGAGGUGGCCAACCCCGGGACUCGGCUGCCACUGGAGGUGCAGGAAGACCCGGAUAUGGGCUCCAACUCCAUCUCCACCUAUGAGCUCAGCCCCAGCGAGCAUUUUGCCCUGAGUAUCAACGUGAGAGGGGAUGGCGUUAAAAUGCCCGAGAUUGUACUCGAAAAAGCACUGGAUAGAGAAAAAGUGGCUGUUCAUCACCUAACACUGACAGCCCUGGACGGAGGGAAUCCGGUGAAAUCUGGCACUGCAAAGGUCACCAUCCACGUCCUGGAUGCAAAUGACAAUCCUCCUGUUUGCGACCCACCCAUAUCCAAGGUAUAUCUGGAGGAGAACGUGCCAGUGGGCACUCUGGUCACCAAGCUGAAUGUCACCGACCUGGAUGAGGGUCCCAACGGGGAUGUGGAGUAUUCUUUCAAAACCAGCAAUAAUGCACCUGGUAAAUUCACCAGGCUGUUCACCUUAGAUCCCCGGACAGGGGAGAUCAGAACCAAAGCCCCGCUGGAUUAUGAGGAAUCCAGUGCUUACGAGAUUGCGGUUCGAGCCCGGGACAAGGGGUCCCCGGCCAUGGAAGGACACUGUCACCUGCGAGUGGAAUUAAUUGAUAUCAAUGAUAACAGCCCAGAGAUUGUCCUGACCUCGCUCUCCAGCCCAGUGCAGGAGGAUGCGACCCCAGGAACAGUGAUUGCCCUUAUUGGUGUCAAGGACAGUGAUUCUGGUGACAACGGGCAGGUCCGUCUGCAGAUAGCAAAAGAGCUCCCAUUUAAACUGGUGUCAUCUUUUAAAGAGCAUUUCUCACUGGUCACAAAUGGUCCCCUUGAUCGGGAGAAGGCCAGUGGAUACAACAUCACUGUGAGGGCUACAGAUUCAGGGUCCCCACCUAGGGCCACACAAAAAACCUUCUAUCUCCAAAUUGCCGACAUUAAUGAUAAUGCACCAAACUUCUCUACCCCUUUCGAUACAGCUCAUGUUCAGGAAAACUCUCUUCCUGGAACAUCUGUCUUUUCAGUGUCGGCAUCUGAUCCUGAUGAGGGUAGUAAUGCCAAGCUGUCUUACUCCAUCCUGGACAGUGGCAUGCAAGACAUACCUAUCUCGAGCUAUUUUCGAAUAGACCCAGACAACGGUACUAUCUAUACCGUGCGGGCUCUGGACUAUGAGCAGGACAAGAUGUUCCAGGUGCCCGUGGAGGUGAAAGAUGCUGGGUCUCCUGCUCUGAGCAGCACUGCUGUGGUCCACGUGUUCAUCCUGGAUCAGAAUGACAACGCCCCCACCAUUGUCUACCCAUCCGUUCCCAAGGGUUCUGCCUUCCACCAAACCAUCCCCUCCGUGGCAGAACCCGGCUAUCUGGUUACCAAAAUUGUAGCUGUGGACGCCGAUAGUGGCCAUAAUGCCUGGCUGUCCUACCAGCUGCAGGAGACCGCUGAAGCUGUGCCUUUCCUCGUGGAACGCCGCUCGGGGGAGAUAAGGGUCGCAGAGGCUCUCAGGGAGACAGAAGUCCCCCACCGGCUGGUGGUCGAAGUGAGGGACAAUGGGACACCGUCCCUCUCGGCCUCUGUGGUGAUAGUCGUUUCUCCAGAGGAAGACUGGCGUGCAGGACUUUGCCAAGUCCUUGGACCUCCCCAAAUCUUCUCCUAAGGAUACCAACCUAACACUUUACCUCAUCAUCUCCCUGGUGUCCAUUUCCCUCGUGUCCUGUGUGAUGUUUGCUGUGGCGGCUGCCCGGUGUCUGAAAGCAGGCUCUGGCAGCUGGACCUUUGUGGGCUGCUGUCGAGGGUCUGCC